GCUGGGCGGAUGCGAGUGGUUCUGGUGUCAGGGGGUGACGUGUGGCUACCAGGUCCUGUAUCCGUGGCAGCGGCCGGUUGCGGUUAUCGUCUGGGCCGUAGCGUGCCGCCGCGACGGGUCGGCAGUUUUUCAGGUUCCAUGGCUGUUUUCCUCCAGCUAAACUGUGCUGCUCCAGGGCAGGCACCAUGUUGCGUUCAUCUUCACACCCAGCAUCUAGCAGUGCUGGCAUGUAGUAGGCACUCAAGAAAUGUAUGUUGAAUGAACGAUGCCUGUGACAAGCAACUGGACUUUAUUCUUUCCUGACCCUUGCUCCUAUGACAUACCUCCUGACUGCCACUGUCACCCCUUCAAAGCAGAGCUUCUCUAGGGAGCCUGGAAGGGAAACAGCCAUGGCCAAGGACAUCUUGGGGGAAGCAGGGCUGCACUUUGAUGAACUGAACAAGCUUCGGGUGUUGGACCCAGAGGUUACCCAGCAGACCAUAGAGCUCAAGGAAGAGUGUAAGGAUUUUGUGGACAAAAUUGGCCAGUUUCAGAAAAUAGUUGGUGGUCUAAUUGAGCUUGUGGAUCAGCUCGCAAAAGAAGCGGAGAACGAGAAGAUGAAGGCCAUUGGUGCUCGGAACUUGCUGAAAUCCAUAGCAAAACAGAGAGAAGCCCAACAGCAGCAACUGCAAGCCCUAAUAGCAGAGAAGAAAAUGCAGCUAGAAAGGAGAGCCAGUGGAACAGCAGACACACUUAUCCCAGUCUGGACAAGAUGGGAAGGACAAAGCUAUCUGGUGGCACUGAGUCACCAGAGCUGGGAAGUACAAGGACUAGCAGGAUAACUUGAAGACGGGGCUACCUUCCACUGUAAACCAUUUCUGGCUUAGACUCGUGAGGCGGAGGUACAGGCAAAAAAAAAAACAAAAAAAACAAAAACAAAACAGGUAGUUUUUCAUGGAUGUUAAAGAGACAAUUUGUGACAUUAAGGUGGCCUAAACACCCAGUGCUCAUUGGUUGACAAGUGAUCAGCUAUAGAGGUAGUUAGGAUCUAGUCAGGUGUAUGCUAACUGGCUUGUUUGCCCGUUGUUUAGCAAUGAUGUGGCAGAACUUUGGCACCAUUUUGCUGGUCCCUCCCCCUGCUGAUGGCCUGCUCAGCCCUUGGGAGGUGAGGGCCUGACAUGGUUCUUGCCACUAUCUUGUUCUUGUGUAC